GUGUUCUGCCUUGUCAUGUAACAGCGCAUGUGCGGAUAUGUAACUUAACUUUCCGAACAUUUAUGAUACUUCGCUAGUAGUUUUCCGGGGACAGUGACUUCCGAAUUAAACUGACGAGUUGCCAUCAAAGUGUGCCUAUGGGCUCGCCGUGGUGGGAUGGGUCCCCCUUGCUUGCGGGCAAUGGUUCUGUAGCCAUUGACAACAGAAGCUGCUUCACCACGACUGAAAGCACGGUGCUACGUGGGGUCAAUUUCGGUGGUGUACCAGUCGUACUGCUGCUGGAUUUCAUUGUUUUCAUUGUGCUGCUGGGACUCUUCACGGUCAUCAGGAGAAAGCUGUGGGACUAUGGCCGCCUGGCGCUGGUUGCUGAUGGCAGCGGGUUUGGUGAGACAUCGCACCGCCGCUACGGCCAUGUGUCGUCCCAAGGCUCCAGCGGUGAAGACCAUGAUCUGGAGACGCAUGGAUUCUGUUCCUGGCUGCCUUUCGUCAUCCGUAUGGGUGAGGAUACUAUCAAGGCGAGGUGUGGCACCGAUGCUGUGCAUUACCUGUCCUUUCAACGCCACCUCAUCGCUCUGCUGACCAUCAUCUGUGUGACGUCUGUUGCCAUCAUACUGCCAGUCAACCUGUCUGGCGAUUUGUUGGAUAAUGAUCCUUACAGCUUUGGAAGAACCACCAUUGCCAAUCUUCAGAAGGAUAACAACCUGCUGUGGCUGCACACAGUGUUCGCAGUUCUCUACUUGAUCCUCACGGUGGUUGUUCUGAGAAGACACACCUCCAAAAUUAAGGCUGUCCAAUCAAACACGGACAGAAGAACCCUCUUUGUGUGCUCCGUUCCUAAAAAUGCCAAUGAGGAGAGCAUAAAGACACAUUUUAAUGAGGCAUACCCUACCUGUCGCGUGUCUGAAGUGCACCUGUGCUAUGAUGUCUCCAGGCUGAUGUACCUGGCGAAACAAAGGAAACGUGCUGAGAAGAACCUGCUGUACUACCAGGCGAUUCUGGAGCAUGACGGUAAAAGGGAAGAGAUUAAUCCCCGUCCCUGUGGACAGCUGUGCUGCUGUAUGACCCGCGGCUGUGAGCAGGUGGAUGCCAUUGACUUCUACUGCGAGAGGGAGGCUGCAUUCCUGGAGGAGAUGAAGAAACAGAGGGAGCAGGUGCCACAGAGCGCACUGGGCAUGGCCUUCGUCACCCUGCACACUGAGGCCAUGGCUGCUUAUAUCCUGAAGGACUUCAACGCCCUGCAUUGUGGGGGUGCGUCUGAAAGCAUGCCUGAUGAAGAGGCGUUUCGAUGUGGGUGUGGCCAGGAGCCCCAGCCCUCCUCUGGGAGUCAGGCCCUAAGAGUGACCCGCUGGAGAGUCAGCUACGCCCUCCACCCCAACAGCAUAUACUGGGAGAACCUGAACCUGCAGGGUGUGCAUUGGUGGCUACGCUGUUUGCUGCUCAACUUCUUCCUUUUCUUCCUCCUCUUUUUCCUUACCACGCCCUCAAUAAUCAUCACCACAAUUGAUAAGUUCAAUGUCACCAAGCCAAUCCACUACCUCAAUAGUGCAGUGAUCAGCCAGUUCUUCCCCACAUUGCUGCUGUGGUCCUUUUCUGCUCUGCUGCCCACAGUGGUUUACUACACCACUCUGGGGGAGUCUCACUGGACCAGGUCGAGUGAGAACAGGACCAUGAUGCACAAACUCUACUUUUUCCUCCUUUUCAUGGUGCUGAUAUUGCCCUCAUUGGGGCUUACCAGUUUGGACGUCUUCUUUCGAUGGCUGUUUGACACCAAGUUUUUGUCUCAAGGAAAGCUGAGGUUUGAAUGUGUAUUCCUGCCGGAUCAGGGGGCAUUCUUUGUGAACUAUGUCAUCGCGGCAGCGCUGGUUGGGUCUGGGAUGGAUCUGCUGCGUCUGCCGGGACUGCUGCUGUAUACCGUGCGCAUGGCCCUGGCCACCUCAGCCGCAGAGAGGAAAUACAUCAAACAGAAUCAGGCCUACGAGUUUGAGUAUGGGGUCAUGUACGGCUGGACUCAGUGCGUCUUUACCGUCAUCAUGGCCUACAGCAUCACCUGUCCUGUUAUUGUGCCCUUUGGUCUACUGUACUCCAUACUCAAGCACCUGGUGGACAAGCACAACCUCUACUUCGCCUACCUCCCCACUCGCCUGGACAGACAGGUGCACUUGGGCGCGGUCAACCAGGCCAUGGCCGCUCCGAUAAUCUGCCUGCUCUGGCUCUACUUCUUCUCCGUCAUUCGCACAGGGUUCAUGGCGGACACUUCUCUCUUCACCUUAAUCGUUCUCUGUGUGACCAUCUUCAUCUGCAUCGGCUACUCCUGCUUCGGGCACUUCAAGUACCUGAGUCCCCACAACUACAAUGUUAAGGAAGAUGGCGAUGAGCCUGGAGAAGACGUAUCAGCGGAACCUUCUGGUUCGGUCUACCUUCCCAGAGUGUUGCAGACAUCGCCUCCUUCUUUGGCUCCCUCUCCUGCAAGAAGACCGGCCCAGUCCUACGGGACACUGGAGGAUAACCCCCCACCCUCCAGUUAACAGCCAGUCUGGACUCACCCAGCCAAAAAUAGCCAGAGUUAAAUGCCACAGACCACAGCAAAUAGCCCUGUUUAACUUGUAUUGCUCUCCAGCUGAUACUUGGGUCCAUAUUUUCCGGCCGGCAUCUGCUGUGUUGUGAGCUGGCAUGCUGCCGAAUUAGCAUUUUUCGGACAAUCCAGAUGCGUCUGGUAAUUUUGGGACUCGUGGCACGCUGAACUGGGAGGAGCUCCGAUGCUGUGUUCAAGAGUGAGCAGCUCAUUGCCAAUUUGGUGUAGCUUAUUGCAAUUUUCUGGUCAUUAGUUACCUUCUAGCAUAUCUUCCUCGCUAAUAUCAUCCAGUUGUGCUCAAAGAGACCAAUAAACAACAAGACGUGUUAUUUUUUGUCUGGAGGGCCGGUUAUGUCGGUAGCCUAAACAUCCAGUUUAAGUGUUUGGAUCAAGUUCAAGUUCAAAUAACCAAGGAGAAAGACACAUGUGCAACAUGUGCAAACCCAAAACGCCCAUUUUUCAGAAAAUCGCUUAAAGAAAGAAAAUCAGUUUACUAAGCCAUAUCAUUCAUAUACAUUUAUAAUUUAAUUGUAUGUAAUUUUUUUUCAUUUUGCGAAUGGCUUGAUAACCUGUGUUAUGAUCUUCCCUGGUUUUAUUUUGUUUAGUAAUUCUACAAAAUGUGUCAGUAUUUCUUAGUUAUACAAUAGUACGUUUAAAGUAUUGCUACAGGUUUAAUAGGGAAUUAAACUAGCCCAUAAUAAAUGUUUGGGCAAUGUUUUAUUGAAAUUCUGACAGAAGAAAAUACGUACAAAUCGAUUUUACAAACGGAUUUAUCGUAUGAGAUGCGUUUUAAUUUUUAAAUUUAUUUUUAUUAAAACAUCUCAAAAUGACUUGCACCGCGCACCUUGAUCUGUGCACCCCGUGAUCGACCGGAUUAGCCACGCUCACCUCGCCAGGUGACUGCGCCAAAGCUCCGUGCAAUAUUGGUUCCUGAAAGUAUGGCCCUUGGUCUUCUGCUUUAGCCUAUGGUUGGCGCAACCGCAGGAUUCAGUUUCUCUAUACUGCAUGUGCAAGCCACAGUGCCCUUUGCUAUACCUUGAACCCCACUGUCACCCCUUGCUAGCCCCUCUUAUGAUCUUUCGCUCUGUGCACUCCAUCCCCCGAGACAGAUAGGAGCACUCUGUGCACUCCAUCCCCCGAGACAGCACUCCAUCCCCGAGACAGAUAGGAGUUGAUACUCCACUGUGGCACCUGCUAAUCACUGGGCCCUUGUGUUACCCUCUCUGCUGUCUGAAUCACCAAAACAUAAUAAUAAAUAAAGGAGAGUGGUCCACUCUACUUUAAAAAAACAUAAUGAAACAAAAGUUCAGUAAAAACAUGUUCAGAUGCACUAUACGAGACCAACAUGCCUAUGUCAGGAUAAAUUGCCCAAAUGCAGGUGUGCAAAGCAUGUAGAGACUUAGCCAAGAAGAUUCAAAGCUGUCAUUACUGCCAAAUGGGCUUCUACAAAGUACUGAAUUAAUGGUCUGAAUACUUAUAUAGAUGAGAGAUUUCAGUGAAUUGAUUUUUCUUAAAUUAACAAAAAUGAUUGAGUGUAGAUUUGUGGGAAAAUGGCAAUUUACAAUCUACAACACAAUUAAAGGUGCAAAAAGUGAAAGGGUAUGAAUACUUUCUGUAGCCACUGAUGGUUA